AAAACGUGUGUAACCGACCAACAGGUGAAUAUAGUGGAUAGGUGCAUAUACAUUCAGAUGACAAAAUCAACCAUUCCUGAUUUUCAGCAGCGCUCGUUGUUCUAGACCUUAGAUUUUUGGAUUCUGGAAGAAAGUCUCUCUAUCGCGCUUUUGCUCUCUAUCUCCCUGUAAGUGAACCUAGUUUAACUGCCAAUCCCACUUUCUGGAUCUGGAGCUUUUCAAUAUUCUCUAUUACUUUGAUGAUCAACGACUUCAUCAGUUCAACUUCAAUUGCCAUUUUCGUUGUUUGAACUUCUGCAACUCCGCCUGGAUUACCUGCCAUCACACCCCUGAACCUCCAAAGAUUCCGCUGUAACCUUAUGACCGACGGACCUAAGCCUCAUACUCGUUGACACUGACCAUCUUAAUUAGUGGUUCCCCAAUUGUUCCUCUUUCUAUCUGAGAGUGACAUUGAAUUUGUCAACUAGAUCCGACCUUGUUUGCGAGAAGAAACCAAUCCACUACGCCGCUGCAAUUGCGCAGAUAGACUCACAAGCCAGUUGACCUCUCAUAGCUCCAAUACCAAUGACAACACAUCCACUAAAAGCCGUUACUCUUACCCACGUUCGGUACCGAAAGGGAGAUCAACUGGGUCACUUCCUCGCAUGGGUUUCUCUGAUCCCCGUUUUCAUUAGCAUGGGUGGCUUCAUUUCCCACUUUAUGUUUCGUCGAGAGCUUCAGGGCAUGUUCUUCGCCCUUGGCCUCCUCAUAUCUCAGUUUCUGAACGAUCUCGUUAAGACAUCCGUGCAGCAGGCGCGGCCCGAGACAUGUGCCAUGCUUGAGAUGUGCGAUUCACAUGGUUGGCCUUCUAGUCACUCUCAGUACAUGUGCUUCUUCGCUAUAUACUUUACUUUUCUUACAUAUAGGGGAAUUGGGUUCCCAACGGAGACACAGAAGUUUAUUGUGUCUUCUAUAUCUUGGGCUACGGCCAUCCUUACCAUGUAUUCUAGGGUUUAUCUGGGCUACCACACUGUCGCACAGGUCUUUGCUGGCGCUACUCUUGGUAUCGUUCUUGGGGCGCUCUGGUACUGGGUUGUCAAUUAUCGACUUGUCUUUUAUUUCCCAGCAAUCGAAGAGAGUGCAUUUGGGAGAAUGUUCUAUGUUAAGGAUUCUUCCCACAUACCAAAUGUAAUGAAAUUUGAGUAUGACAAUGCUAGAGCUGCUCGCAAGAAUUUAGCCCAGAAGCGUGCAUCAGACUGAACAAUAAACAAAUCUUCCAGGUUUGUUGAUUUUCUCUUUGUUUUGAAUUAAGUUUUAAUGCUCAAUUGGUUAGUUGCAUCUUCGUUCUUCUAGUUGUGUUCAAUAUGAUCUAAUAGUACCAUAUAUCUAAUUGGAUUGGCUUCAAAAUGAGCACUGCAAAACUGUUGCAUUGCAAUCAACAGCACUUGGGUGAUUUUAUUUGAGAGAGGCAAAUUCUGUCGAUUUGGCUUGUUUCUCGUGUAACAGAAAGUUCAUCAUUGAGUUCGUCAAUGAAGCUAAUAUCUCAUGAAGUCGAUA